CCGCGGAUCAAAUGGUGACCCUUACAUGCCUCCUUAAAAUACAAACCAUUGCAAUUGAUAAGACCCAAUGAUCUAUCACCCAGUCCAUUAGCGCAACUCCGGGUAUUUAGGGAGAGACAUCAGGCAUGUUACCACUUCUGAACCAAGCUAUCGAGCUCCAAGUACAACCCCUUCGGCUGCUCUUCCGUUCUGCAGCUCCACAUAGUCGCAUAACUGUUAAGUUUCGAAACGCUUGGUCUCCACUUACCAGGGCCAAACCCUUAAGUUUCAGGUGUUGGAGUUACAGAGUAAUGGCAACAUCUCCAGGAGGACCAGGACAAUUCCAAGUCAAGGAGAAAAUUGAUUUGACUGAUACUGAGAAGCAGAUUUUUGAUCGCCUCCUCGGUACUCUUCGUCACUUUGAUCUCCAAACUGAGCUUCGUGUCGCUGGUGGCUGGGUUCGAGACAAGCUUCUUGGGAAAGAAUGUUAUGACAUUGAUAUUGCUCUUGACAAUAUGCUGGGUAGUGAAUUUGUUGAUAAGGUUAAGGAGUAUUUGUCAUCAGUUGGAGAAGAGGCACAGGGACUUGCAGUUAUUCCGUGCAACCCUGACCAAUCCAAGCACUUGGAAACUGCUAGGAUUCGCCUUUGUAGUUUAUGGAUUGAUUUUGUAAACUUGAGGUGCGAAGACUAUACUGAGGACAGCCGGAUUCCUACUAUGAAAUUUGGUACUGCAGAAGAGGAUGCAUAUAGAAGGGAUUUGACCAUUAACAGCUUGUUCUACAACAUCAACACUGGCUUAGUUGAAGAUCUUACUGGAAGAGGUGUUGCUGAUCUGAGAUCUGGAAAAAUAGUGACUCCUUUACCUCCCAAAGCUACAUUUUUAGAUGAUCCACUUCGAGUUCUUCGUGCUAUUCGUUUUGGUUCGAGAUUUCGAUUCUCGCUAGAUGAAGAACUCACGGAAGCUGCUGCCUGUGAUGAUGUGAAAAAGGCUCUUGGAGUUAAAAUUAGCAGAGAACGCAUUGGUUCUGAAAUUGAUCUUAUGAUGUCUGGUCCUGAUCCAGUUCAAGCAAUGACUUACAUAUCUGAUUUAACAUUAUUUUGGGUAGUGUUCAGUCUUCCUCCUGAGCAGGAUACUUCACUCUCAGAAGAAUGCGACAGGCUUUGUGUUUCUUACUUGGAUGCCGUGUGGAACCUCAUUCAAGCAAUUGGACCUGCUACCUUCAGUGAUGAACAGAGAAGGCUCUCAUUGUAUGCUGCGCUUUUGCUCCCAUUUAGAAAAGCCACUUAUAAGGAUAAUAAAGCUAAAAAGAUUCCUGUUAUCAACCACAUCUUCAGAGUGUCUCUUAAGCGGAAAGCCAGUGAUGCUGAAACUGUUAUCAACAUAAACAAUACAUUAGAAAAAUUCUUGUCCUUGAUACCUUGUUUUACAUCAGAUGACAACAUCAAACUUGCUGAAGUUGAUAGGGAAAUUGAUUUUGUCGAUGUCCCUGUUAAUUCAAAACUACGUAUAUUGACAGGAUUUCUGCUGAGAGAAAUCAAAGAUUUUUGGCGGGCUUCCUUGUUGAUGUCUACAUUGUUGUAUCCUGCCGACAUUGACUAUACUCGAGGUUUCUUAAACAUGCAAUUUGAAAUUAACAAGAGAAAGGAUCUAUUUAAGGCGGUUGAGAAUGCCGUUGUCAACCUAGGUCUCGAGAAGGUUUGGGAAGUAAAACCAUUGAUCAACGGGAAGGAUAUUAUGAGUGUUUUGCAACUUAAAUCUGGAGGACCCCUUGUUAGUGAAUGGCAACGAAAAUUGCUUGCUUGGCAGCUUGCACAUCCCUCUGGAACUGCAGAAGAAUGCCUUGAAUGGAUGAAGGAAAACCAUUUAAAGGGUGCGAACAUGAUGUAACCUGUCGGUCCUCGCAGCCUACUUAUACCUGAGGUCUCAUCAGAGAUUUAUCGUUAUCGGCGUUCUAGUCUUUCGCAUGCUAUUGAGGCCUUGAUAUUAAAUUAUCAGCAUAAAGCUAUGUAUUAGAUGAAUGUAAGGUCUGCGUACAUCAUGUUCGUCUUCGUCCUCACUCAUUGAGGAAGUCUUGUACAUGGGAGUUGUUUACUAUUUUUUAUAGUAGGAUAACAACUUCUUACGUAGAGUUUAGCUAAUCUUAUGCAAAUCUUGUACCAAUGCUAUGGCUUUUUUAAUAGAUUCACUUGGUUCGUAAGAAGUUUGUAAUAA